ACUGGGGACUGGAAGCCAUUUCCGUGAAACCGCGUUUAACGUAAACUUGUGCAUCGCCUGUGAUCCACAACGUGUUUAUUUUGGCGCUUCUAGAACAUUCCCAAUCCUGAGACACUACAUGUGAUUUCCAAUCGAUCGUCUACCAAAGAUUAUAUAAAAACUACAAUCAAAAACCAUUAGUUGACAACAAAGCUUUUCAUUUUGUUGCAAUUCAAAUCUAAUUAAAAGAUGGAAGACAAGGGCUUAAGUUUUGCUGAUCAAUCUCUUUCACUCAAUUCUGCCGAAGACGCCAAAACUAUAGUUUCAGCAAUCGAAAAAUGUCCCUGCCUGGUUUUUUUCAAUCUUCAAGGAAAUACUUUAGGAAUCGAUGCUGCUAAAGAAAUAGGUCAUGCUCUUGCUAAACAUGGGUCUCAUCUUAAACAUGCAUUAUGGCAAGAUAUGUUUACUGGACGACUCAAAUCUGAAAUACCAAUAGUUCUAGAACAUUUAUCUGCUGGUUUAUUAACAGCAAAUGUACGUUUAUCUGAACUUGAUUUAAGUAAUAAUGCUUUUGGACCAAUUGGCAUGCAAGGAUUAGUUAAACUAUUGAAUUCACCUGUGUGUUAUGAAUUACAAACAUUACGUUUAAUGAACAAUGGAUUAGGAAUUGGUGGAGCAAAAAUGCUUGCUAAAGCAUUAAUUGAUAAUUAUUAUGCUAGUACCAAAGCCGGUACUCCAUUUAAACUUAAAGUACUAAUAGCUGGUAGGAACCGGUUAGAAAAUGAAGGUAUUAUUGCUUUGUCUAAAUUCUUUAGUCUUGUUAAAACUAUGGAAGAAAUAACAAUCCCUCAAAAUGGAAUUUAUUGCAAAGGUAUAUUAGCAUUAUCUCAAAGCUUACUACAAAAUCCAAAUUUAAAAGUGUUGGAUGUUCAAGAUAAUUUACUAACUGUAUUAGGAGCAGAAGCAUUAGCCAAUGUUUUGCCAAAAUUAAAAAAUCUCAAACAUUUGAAUAUUGCAGAUUGUUUAAUAAAGUCUAAAGGUGCUUUAGCAAUUGCAGAAGCUUUAAAUGUUCAUGAAUCUCUUGAAAAUUUGGAUGUUAGUUUUAAUGAAAUCAAUGGUGAAAGUGGGAUUAUAUUAACUAAGGCACUAUGUGACAAAAUUAACUUGAAAGAGUAUAAUAUUAAUGGUAAUAGGUUUGGAAUUGAAACUAUUGACAUAAUUUCAAAUACACUAAAAGAAUCCAACAAGGACAAAACUCUAGGAUCAUUCAGCGGUGAUGAAGGUGAAUGUUCUUCUGAUGAAGAAGACAAUGAUGAAAAUGCUGAAGAAAGUUCAAGAACAAUUGAUUCUGAAGAUUGUGAUAUUUCUACAUCUUAUACUGAUGAAACUGCUGAUCUAAUGAAAGAUAUGGCUGUUGGUGAGGUUAAAUUAGUAAAAAAUUCCACAGAUAUUGUUAAUUUUGAAAUAUUAGUUAAUCAACUGAUGGAUAUCGCUGGUCGUUAUCAAAAUUCUAAUGAUAAAGAUACUUUGGAUACAUGUUUUGAGUUAUAUAAAACAGCUUACACUAAUGCUACCAAAGAAUUAAAGUUUGUUGACUUGACAAAUUUAUUAUUAGUAAAACAUGGAUUAAUUAAAAGUGAAGAUAAAAAUUUCCAAUUACGAAAAGAUGUCGGUAGAUGUUUAGAAGUCCUAAAAGUAGCUGUUGAAAAUAAAAAUGUUAUUCCUGAACCAUCUCGAUGUAUUUUAAGUUUUAUGUUAAAAAAAAAAUAUUCAUUUCAAUAAUUUGUAAGCUACAUCUUUUUAGUACAUUAAGAAUGGCAUUCAACAAUCUAAAACAUACAUUUUUUUUAUAUAAUAAAUUUUUAAUUUUUUUUUUCCGAUUUAAGAAUUUAUUUAAUUUUCAUUAAGAUAUUGAAAAUAUAUAUUUUAUCUUUUUUUUUUUUUUUUUUCGUUAAAAUAUUUUUCAUCCUUAUUAUUCAGUGGUUUAAUCAUUUUGAGCAACAUUUGUAAAUUGUAUUGUUAAUUAUCAAUCUGAAAAUUUAUACUAUAAUCAAAAAGAUGUAUUAAUCAAAAGUUUAAAAACAUAAAUUUAUUCUUUUAAAUACUUAUACUCUUAUAGAUUAUGUUUUAAAAUCUAUUAUUUAUUUAUUAUGCACUUUUGAUAUGAUAAUAUUUACUAUAGUUAAUUCUCUUUUAUGUAAAGAUCUAUGUUUAUAAAAUAUAUUUUAGGUUUGUUAAGAUUUAAAAAUAAAGGUUAUUAAUAUGUCUUAACUAAUGAAUAAUUUCUUUAUUUUAUAAAUACAAAAUACUUGAUAGCGUAACUAAUUAUAAUAACAUCAAUAUUUAAAUUACUUAUAUUUUAUAUAUUAUUUUUCUAGUAUAUGAUAAAAAUUUAGAAGUAUAAAUGUUUUAAGUUAUUUAAUAAUAAUAAUUUAUUAUACAAACUAUUGUCAAAGUGUAUUCUAAAGUGACUUUUUACAAAAACUAAUUGAGUAACUACUCGUGUUUAAAUACCAUGAUAAAUUUAUUGCCUACUUGUAAAAAGCUGAUUGCUUACCAGAAAUAAUAUAAUUCAUAGUUAAAUUUUCUUUAGAAGUAAAUCAAAAUAUUUUCUAUUGAAUAUAAAAUGAUAAAUAAGUUUUGAAUAGUUUGAAUUAGGUUCUAGUUCACUUACCUAAAUUUACCAAAGUAUUGUAUCUGCAAUAUAUUAAUUUAAUAUAUUUAUAGAAAACAUUUUAUACGUACUAUAUUAUGUACAUAAUAUAGUUAAUUGUACAAAUAAUAAAACUAAAAUUACACUAAGCAAUCGGGACUUGGGACUUUCUUACCUUUUUAAUGAUGAUAAUGUUGGAAUUACCGUUUGAAAUUUUCAUUUAUGAUGAAAUAUCAACUGGCUGCUAUAUUUACAUCUGAUUUAUAUAUGAAUUGUAUUAAAUAUGCUAUAAAACAUGUCCCACUAAAACAACAAUGAUGAUAAUUUUGGAAUUACCGUUUGAAAUUUUCAUUUAUGAUGAAAUAUCAACUGGCUGCUAUAUUUAUAUCUGAUUUAUAUUUGAAUAAUUAUCUUAAACAUUCACAAUGAUGAUAAUGUUGGAAUUACCGUUUGAAAUUUUCAUUUAUGAUGAAAAUAUCAACUGGCUGCUAUAUUUACAUCUGAUUUCUACUAAAUAUUGAUACUAUUUCUAUUAGACAUUUUAAAUCAUAGAUAAUCAAAGAAUAAAAUGUUAGGUUAUAACAUAUUAUCCAAGGGAGCAAUAUCAAUGGAAAAACUGGGGGUCCUGAAAUUUUUUUCAUGAUGACAAUUUUAUGGUUUUGAAACCUGUUAUUAUUAAAAUAUAAAUUUACAUGAAACAAUUUAGGUAUUGUAAACACACCCUAACUCCCCCCCUCCACAAUCGCUCCUAUGAUUUUAUCAUCUAUGCCAAUUUCAGUACUAUUUUAAAAUACCUUAUUAAAUACCUAUUGCCUUUUAAACAAAUUAUAAUACUUCUCUAUUGCUUUUGUGACAAUGAUGAUAAUGUUGGAAUUACCGUUUGAAAUUUUCAUUUAUGAUGAAACAUCAACUGGCUGCUAUAUUUAUAUCUGAUUUACAUAUGAAUUGUAUUAAAUAUGCUAUAAAACAUGUCCCACUAAGUAAACAACAAUGAUGAUAAUGUUGGAAUUACCGUUUGAAAUUUUCAUUUAUGAUGAAAAUAUCAACUGGCUGCUAUUAACAUCUGAUUUUUAAUUGAUUAUGAUUUUAUUACUAUUAUCUUAAAUUCGGAGUCUCCAACCUUUUUUUACGAUAGGCCAAAUCUGAAACACAUUUUCUCAUUGUAGACUAACAUUUUUUAAGGAAUAAGAGUCAUAAGAAUAUAAUGAAAUAGAAGAAAAAAAAAUCGUAUAUUAAUAUAUUAUUUUCAGAACAUCUUGGCAGAUUGUAGAUUGGAGACCCCCUUGUCUUAAAUCAUAAACAAUCAUUGAAUUAUUUUUUUUUUUUUUAAAAAACACUUAAUUUUAUUAAGUGCCUGCGAUAAAAAUUAUAAUUUACUAUUAUUUUUAUGACUAUGAUGAUACUGUUGGAAUUACCGUUUGAAAUUUUUCAUUUAUGAUGAAAUUAUCAACUGGCUGCUAUAUUUACAUCUGAUUUACGUAUGAAUUGUAUUAAAUAUGCUAUAAAACAUGUCCCACUAAGUAAACAACAAUGAUGAUAAUGUUGGAAUUACCGUUUGAAAUUUUCAUUUAUGAUGAAAAUAUCAACUGGCUGCUAUUAACAUCUGAUUUUUAAUUGA